AAACAUGGUCACGUGGUCACAUCAGCUCCACCCACCCAUGAAGUUUAAUCCAUUUAAGCCUACUGUACUUCGAGGGCUUCAAUAGACGCCUAAUUGAAAAGAUGGCUACGGGAGGUGAAAAUGAUGACACAGAGGUUGAUGCCGUUUUGGAUACCUCAUCAGAUGUACAGAAUGAAACUGAACACUAUGAUGUUGCCUUGCUUUUUGCCGAAAACGACAAAAACCAGGCCCUGGAAAUAUUGGAACAAAUGGAAGAAAUAACUGUAGAAAACGGAGAGAAACCCAAAGUUUGUCUGUACACUGAUCUGCCAGGGGCAUCAGCACACACUGAAGCCGGUAGAAACCUAACAAAGGUAGCCACACUUAUACUUGUGUUGGCCACUGAGAAUCUACAGGAUGAAGAGGUUGCAAAAUUAAUCAAGGAUGAGGCGAUAGGAAAUACUAGAUUGGCAUCGAAGUGUCAUCCCGGACUUAAAUACUGUGUGAGACCUCUCUAUUUAGACAAAGAGAGGAAGGCCCACCCGCCUGGUGGUCUCUCCACCAUCCAAGAAGUGAGGUGGUACGACAAAGAUUCCAGAUGCGGUCAGAGAGAUAUCAGAAUGUUACUGCAAAAUCACUUACAGUACAGAAACAAACGAGAGCGAGAGGACAGUCGUCAAAGAGUUACUGUUCGUGACACAAGGGGCUCUAGACCACCCAAAGAUUCUACGGAUAAUAUUAAUCUUGCGGUAUCAAUUGCAGUAAGACAAGCAGCUAUGGGUCACCGAGAACAAGAAGUUAUGGCAACGCCAGCCCCAGAAGUGGGCCAUCAAAGUUUCGAUUCCACUAACUUACAAAGACCUAACAACAUAAAUGGGUCUUCUAUCCAAUCUAGAAGUACCAAUGAAUCUUCAGAUGCUAGAGCCCCUGGUCAAUCGGAGAGUGAGAGGAACAAUCAUCAACCAUCUGACUCUACAAUGGCCCAAGGUGUUGCCUUGCCUAGAGUCGUUCAUUACCACACUCACUACCAUGGUGAAGGUCCAGGUCUUUCACAAGGAGGGCCACCACAGCGGGGGCUUCCAGGUGCCCCACGUUACCCUGGUCACCCAGCUGCACCUCCACCACAGAACCCUCAGCAACGUGGACCUGUGAACAUGAGUCAGCAAAGUCACAUCAACAUUGUCAACUGCGAGAACGUGCAGGUUGGAUCAAAUACCAAGAUGAUAAUCGGAGGCCAACGUGAAAGGAUGACAGAGAGAGACAAUGAGGCACCUUAUGACAGUCCGACAAGUGCUGCCCCAAACCAAGAAGAUUCACCCCCUCCAUAUUCCCAACAUAACCCAAGUUCCCCUGCUUCCACCGAAAGGAAGACCCCUUGGACUCAUGUCUCAUCGAUCCCCAGUCAGGCAGAACCAAGGGGAGAUAACCCAGCAUGUGGUGGGCAGGAGGCAGGUAUUGUUGAUGUCUCACAGCCUGGGUCAGAGAGCCUGGGAAAUGCUAGUGGGUUGAGUCAUGAUGGACCACGUUCCAGUUUCUCAUCUGAAAGGAUGGCAAGUGAAGGGAGACAAGUCCAGACCGGUUUGACUGAUCUUCAACCACAUUCAGAGAGUACAUCAGGUUUGAGUGACUUCACCAGCCACACCGUGCCAGAGCUUAGUUCUCCAAGUGCUUUUCUUGAGAUGGUACAAUCAGAGCUAUCUGAAGACAGGGACAGUUCUCUAAAGGAUGAGAGGAAGAAGACAUCAAAAUGAAAAACGACAUGCUUCCCAUGGAACAAGGAGAAUUAGUGCUAAUAUUGACUUACAUGGUGUCAAAAUUAGACAUACAUCACAAAAGUCGAAGCUGUACUUAGUGAGCUACCAUCCAAAAGUGAUUUCUCGAUUCCGAACCAUAAUCCCAGCUCAGAAUUUGUACCACUACCUUACCGAUUUUCUUGUUUAUUUCAUCGUAUGAAAACAUGAUGAAUCGAUGCUGUCUGCGCGCUAAUCGCCAUUCCUUUGGACGUAAACUCAUUAUAACAGUUUGGUGUAAGUGUCUUAAUGAGUUUACGUACAUUAAUUCAUCGCAAAGAGGCCUGUGUCGUGCCCGAUCGCCUGACCCGCAGUGAAAUAAGCAAGCAAUCUGAUUGCUGUAAAAAUUGUAAAAAUUCUCGACACAUCCUUUGAGGUUGUCAAUGUGAACAGAAAUGAUAUAUUUAACACGCACAUAUAUAGCUAUUUUAUAAUGGAAUGGUUCCAUAUAAACACCAUAUAAUUUAGUUUUAGCAAUGUUUAAACUUCAGAUAUAGUGUUUACGUUAGCAUUCUUAAAACAUCUGGAUAUCAUAUACAAGUACAACACAGUCCACCCUUGCCAAUGAAUGCAGCCUUAGAUAUUUCGAUUAUCGAUAGUUGAAUAUACACAUACCUAACUUACUUAAGCACCCUGAUUCUGAAACAGAAAACCAGUUCUCCCUGCGAUACAAAUGUACAGUUAUAUGUGCAGUUAUCACUAAAUAAGCCUUACAUCUUUCAAGCAUGCGGCUGACAGUGUACCAAAACAUAUACACACAGAACUUAGUUAAGCAGCCUAUGACACACCUCACGACUGGAUGGGCCCGAUCUUAACCCUUUGGAGCAUAUCUGGGACAUGAUUGGUCGUCGUGUGCAGAAUCCUCCUGUUCAGAA